AUGAUCGCACAGGAGUUUACCGUCGAUCUACAUGCGCCCCUUGCGUUCCAGGUAUGUUUUCCUGUGCUAUUUCCUCUUGGCCUUCGAGACCCCUCAUUUGACAACCAGAUGAUGCACUGGGAGAACAAAUUAAAAAACCCAUUAACACGAAAUAAUCAGACUUUAUUUCUUUUUCUUAUUUUAUUUCUUUUCUAUUUCAAGGUCGGCCAUCUUGGGGAGGCCUAUGACCAAUGGGUUCACCAGCCCAUUGUCUGCAAGGAAAGCCCUCGGUUCUUCAAGAGUGAUUUCUGUGAGGUGGGUCUCCUUUUCUUCUUUUUCUCAGUGCAGUUUACGGACCAUUUAUGUAAAUCCAGAAACAGUUCUUGAAACCCAGAAUCCAAAUUUCAGUUCUUGACGAGGACCGUGUGGUGGGCGAUUCCUGUCGUCUGGCUUCCAGUGGUUUGCUGGUCGAUCUCCCGAUCCGUCCUGAUGGGGUGCACAUUUCCUCAAGUGGCUGUAAUGGUGCCCUCUGGAAUGUUCAUCUGGACAUUACUGGAGUAUAUUAUUCACCGCUUCCUAUUCCAUAUCAAGACUAAGAGCUACUGGUGAAGAAAUCCUCCACCACCUUUCCAGUUUUUUUAAUGAUUUUUCUUGUGACUUAUCUUUUGAAUCCGAUGCCUCUCUCUCUCUCUCUCUCUCUCUCUCUCUACAUGUAUAUAUAAACAUAUACGUAUAUAUUGCAAAUGCAGGGGAAACACUGCACAUUAUCUUAUCCAUGGUUGUCACCAUAAGCACCCAAUGGACGGACUACGCCUGGUCUUCCCACCUGCUGCAACGGCUAUUCUAUGCAUCCCGGUAAGAAGCUUUUCUUCUCCUCCCUUUGGUGCUAGUUUUAGUACGCAAAAAGAAAAAGAAAACUUCAUGGGUAUGAAGUCUUGGAGAAAACUUUUCAUGGCCAAUGAAUGUUUAUUCAUAAUAUAAAGCAUGUUGCUGAUGGCUAUUGAGUGAAACCCAGGGAUGCAAAGAGUUGGAUACUAUUGUUCAUGGUAUCCAAGAUUGGAUCUGAACGCUGUGGAAAUUUUGGCCAAUCCAAAGUCAUCGUCUUCAGUCUGGCCAAUCUCUCUCUCUCUCUCUCUCCUCUCAUUCAGUUAUAUUGCACCCGGUUCCACCGCCCUCCUCUCUUAAACUUCAGGCUAUCCAGGAUCAGGAUCCUUCCUUCCUAUUAAGCAUUGAGAACUCGAACAAUGUCUCUCUCUCUCUCUCUCUCUCUCUCUCUCGCUGCGCGCUGCUUAGUCUACUUUUAUUCUGCCCGGUUCCAUCUGCUGGCUCUUAUCUUAAUCUUCCCAAUUGUUGCUGUGUUCUUCCAGCUCUGGAACCUCAGCAAGCUCGUAGUGGGGCCGUUGAUGGCCCCCGCCCUGUUCGGCGGUGAACUCCUAGGCUACAUCAUCUACGACUGCACUCACUACUACCUCCAUCACGGCCACCCCUCCAUUAAUUCGGCCCGGAACCUCAAGGUCAACGCAUCUGCCUCUUUUUUUCUACAAAAAGAAAGAAACCCACUUGGAUUCCUCUUCUCAAAUUCCUCCCCUCCGGUUUCUUUUUUCAUGCAGCGCUACCACAUGAACCACCACUUCAGAAUCCAGACCCUGGGAUUCGGCGUCACCUCGUCUUUCUGGGACUGGAUCCUCGAGACGCUGCCGCCAAAGAUCUAG